GUGUGUGCGCCUUCCGGUGAUCCCCGGACCCCUCUCGUGGAUCCCAAGGGCGCCCCCCCCCCACCCUCCACCCGCCCACUCCGGGGUGGUGGGGGCCUGAAGGUUCCAGUGCCAGUGGGGGAAGACGUCGAAUCAACGCUCCCUGCAGGGGGCGCUGCGCCCUCCUCCCGCACCUGCGGCAAGGCCCCGCCUGCAGCGUCCCCAGGUGAGCUGACGGCUGCCCGGGCCGGCCCCGCCCCUUCUCCAGGUCCUGCCUGCGACUUCCGGAAGCGCCUCCAGAGACUGCUCAGUUCCAACAGCCUAGACGUCGUUCCUCCCCAGCUCCUCCUCUGUUGAGCUGUUCUGCCUGAGGCCUCUCCAUCAGGUGUUCCGCAACGGUAGUGAUUGUCCUCGAUGAUUUCCUGACUCAGGUGCCCCAGGGUUCCACGCCCAGGACUGGUUGCCUGGCAUCUGAGGGUCUUCUUGGAGCCACAGUUCUUCUGGCUGAGGCUAAGGUUCACCAAUGUCUUCCAGCCCCUCCACGAUCACAGCUAAUGACACCACUGUGGGGCCCUCACAGUUCCCCAUGGCCUCGCCUAUGUCCCCGGAAGCAGGCACUGGGACCCGGGCAUGGCCUGUGUUUGUAGGAGUUGUGCUGGGAGCCGUGGUCCUCUCUCUCCUCAUUGCACUCGCUGCCAAAUGCCACCUGUGCCGCAAAUACCGAGCCAGCUACCAGCACCACCCGCUGCCCAGGACAGGGAAAGGGCUCCGUUUGCAUCUGGGCGAAGAUGACGACGAUGGCUUCAUUGAGGACAAUUAUAUUCAACCCGGGAUGGCAGGGAUGGGGUCAGGGAUCACCCGGGACAACCUCUCCCUCUGAACCUCCAUCUCCUGACCCUCUAAGGUCUGACAGUUGAAUAGUAGAUACUCUAAGGGAGUCGCAAGCCUCAGGGACAUUGGUGGCCAGUGCUCAGGGGCCAAGCAGGUAGGGCAGCCUCCACCCCCCACCCCCACACGAGUCAUCAGAUGACUGUGACCUUCUCUUACUCAGUGAGAGAGUAAGAGAAGGUCUUACUUCGUACCUUCUUAAGACUUAAGAAGGUCUUACCACCCUCUCUGGCUGCCAGGAAGAUGCUUGUUGAGGGCCUGACUCAGGAAGUCAACCCCUGGCAGAUUCUACUCUGCCCUGUCCCUUCCACCAUCACCUCCUCUAUCUGUAACCUCCUUUCCAACCCUGCCGCCUCUCAGGCUCUCUGCUCCUCCACUCUCUGCUCCCUUCUGCUCUUCCCUUCAUCCUCUGUGCCAGAGGAGACCCCCACGUGGCUGGUCUUGCUGCCAAGCAUGGCAGAAGUGCCCAGAUGAGAACAUCUGAGAAGAAGAAACCCAAUAUGACCCAUUUUUUAUUAAAAUGUUUUCUUACCGGUCAAAUGGAUCACCGAAAUGGUUCUGUGCUGUUUUUGUUUUCCCCAUAGGUAUUAAUAAAUAGCUUUUCAUUUUAAA